AUGCCACCCACCUUCGCAGCGCUCGCCCCCGGCGGCGUGGCCGUCUCUCGCAAGACGCUGCCCGGCGGCAUCGUCGUCACAGAGCAUGAGCUCUUCGUCCCGCUUGACCACGCCUCGCCCGACGGCAAGACCAUCACUCUCUUCGUGCGCGAGGUUGCCAAGGCGGGCAAGGAGAAGGACGACUCCAUGCCCUUCAUCCUUUACCUGCAGGGCGGGCCAGGCUUCCCCUCACCGCGCGUCUCCGCACCGCCCGGAGGGUGGAUGAAGGUUGCUCUCGACUCGUUCCGCGUCCUGCUGUUUGACCAGCGAGGCACGGGCGGAGUAUGGGGAUUCUCAAAGGUAUACCCUUGGAAUGGCCGGAUCCAGCCUUAA